AUGUCGACUCAAAGGGGGCGGCCAUGGGCGCAGAUUGUAUCCUUGACCGUCCUUGUUCUUGCUUUCGCGACUAUUGUCGAAGCAUCGAAAGGCGACAAGUUGCCAGAAUUUAAGGAUUGUUUAAAGAUCUGCAAAUCCGAAAACUGCGCCCCUGACAAGCCUCAGACUUCAACUCCUGUUUUUCAUCGUCUUUUAUUAUGGAAUUGCGCCAGCGAAUGCAAUUAUGCAUGUCAACAUAUAAUAACGGGUCAACGCAUGGCCAAGGGUCUUUCGGUCGUGCAAUUCUACGGGAAAUGGCCGUUCUAUCGCUUUCUCGGCAUGCAGGAACCCUUUAGUGUCCUCUUUUCUCUGGGCAAUUUCUGGGCGCACUGGGAUGGCCUUAAGAAGGUCCAAGCCAAGAUUCCAAAAUCAUAUACUAUGCGGAAAUUCUACGACAGGCUGGCUUAUGUUGGCAUGUCGUCUUGGGUCUUCAGCUCCAUCUUCCAUACCCGCGAUUUCCGGUUCACAGAGGAGCUCGACUAUUUUGCCGCUGGAGCCAACGUGCUCUACGGCUUGUAUUAUACGGUCAUACGAGUUUUCAGACUGGAUAAGCGUACUCCUAGAAGGCAAACGACCCUUCGAGUCUGGACUCUUCUCUGUGUUUCCCUCUAUCUUUGCCAUGUCUUAUACCUCAAGUUUAUUCGUUGGGAUUACACAUACAACAUGGCCGCGAAUGUAGCGGCGGGCACUGUACAAAACUUCCUUUGGUCGUGGUUCAGUUUUAACAGAUAUAGAGAGUCAAGACGUAUGUGGGCGGCUUGGCCUGGUUUUGUGGUAGCAUGGCUCAUCUUCGCUAUGAGUAUGGAACUUUUCGAUUUCCCGCCUUGGCUGGGUUGCAUUGACGCCCACAGCUUAUGGCAUCUUAUGACAAUCGGACCAACUGUUUUAUGGUACAAUUUCUUGGUUAAAGAUGCUCGAGACGACAUGGCUGGAAGCCAAAGACUCAAGGUUUAA